GUGAAAAUUUUAAGAAAACAAAUGGAAUGUAUCAGGAGAUCAUACAAUAACCACCUGUACUGUGUUAUAGUGCAGGUAUAGUGUAGUCAAUUAUCUCUCUCUCUCUCAUUGGAAGUAUAUGUACAUACAUAUGAGUCAUCAAUGAUCAACAACAUCAACAAGUUAAGAAAUGAUUGAAAAUAAUAAAUAAACAAAUAAUGUCUAAUAAUGAUGAUAAUUUAAAUUUAACAAAACUAGCUGUUGAAACAACAAUUCCAGAUGAUACAGAAAAUGAAAAUCCAGAAUCAAGAUUUGAAUGUCCAAUUUGUCUAUCAUGGUUACGUGAUCCAUUACUAACAUCUUGUGGACAUAAAUUUUGUUCAGAGUGUAUUUACAAUUGGCUCAAAAAAAAAAAUUCAAACUGUCCAGUUGAUAAUAAACCAUUGAAUAAAGAAAAAGAUUUAUUUGUUGAUUUAUUUACAAGAAGAGAAAUAUCACAACAACGUACAAAAUGUCCAAAUCAAGAACAUGGUUGUGAUGUUGAACUAUCACCAAUUGAAAUUGAUAAACAUUUAAUUACUUGUCAAUAUAAAAAAAAUAUGUCUACAAAAUUAAAAAUAUAUUGUUCAUUUAAAGAUGUUGGUUGUGAUGAUUCAUUUGACAAUGAUAAAGAUAUGCAAAAACAUAUACAAGAAAAUAAUCAACAUCAUCUUAUGAUUAUGGUUAAAACAUUGUCAGAAUUACGUACUAGUAAUAAUUCAUCAACAAGCAAAGUAUUUGAUUCAAGUCAUUGGGAUGCACCACCAAAAAAUUGUGAUAAUAAAAAUGACAAUCCACAAUCACAACAAUUAUUAAAAAAUCUUUAUGAGAGAAUUGUUAUAUUGGAACAACAAAAUCGUCAACUAUCAAUAAAUUUUGAAAAUAUAAAUAAAAAAUUAUUAACACUACAAACAUCAAUACGUUUUAAUGAUGAUGAAUUAUCAUCACGUUAUUGUAAUGGACAUUACAUAUGGAGAUUAAAUAAUUUUAAUGAUAAAUUAAAAGACAUGAUAGCUGGACCAUUGAAUAUGUUUUACAGUCCUGGUUUUUAUACUGAACCAAAUGGUUAUAAACUAUGUGCAAGAAUAAAUAUAUCAAAAAAAGAUUCAAAUUAUUUAUCAGUUGUAUUACACAUGAUGCAAUCAUUUAAUGAUGAUGCAUUAGAAUGGCCAUUUGAUGGUGUACUUGUAUUUACACUUGUUCAUCCAAAUGAUUAUGAUAAAUCAAUAAGAGAAGAGACAAUGUCACAAAAAGAUCUCGAGGCAUUUCAAAAACCAUCUGGUGAUUUGAAUAAAAGAAGUUUUGGCUAUACUGAAUUUGUAUCAAUCAAUGAAUUAAAUAAUUUUAUACGUAAUGAUGAUUGUUUGAUAUUUACAAUUCAAGUUAAAACUAAAUUUAAUCAUCAUCAUCAACAUUCAUCACAUGAUGUAUCAAAUGUACUUGAUUAAAUUAUAUUUGAUUAUAAUAUUUUUAAAUACUGUUGAGUAUAU